AUGGACGACCCUGUGGCAGAGAUUCCCUACGUGAUCGCUCUAUUGACCGAGACCCCUCCAUCAUUACAACUCUCAACCGUCAACAAAUACUUCACACCCAAUGCGAGCUUCACCCACCCUUUCUGCCGCACCGGCUCCUCGGCCAACUCCCGCUACCUAGUCGAACGCAUAUACCGCUGGUACAAGAUCAUGUCACCACGCAUCAGCGCAAAAGUUCACAGCGUCUCCUACGACGAGAAGAACCUCGUCCUCUACGUCGGCCUCACCCAAGUCUUUGCCAUUUGGGCCAUCCCUACCCACCGCUCCGAAGUCUCGCUCGUCACAGUCUUGCACUUGACACGACAGAAAGAUUCGGAGGACGAUGGUAAACUCAAAUACUACAUUUCCAGCCAAAAUGAUCUGUACCAGACGGAUCAGUUUAUCAAGUUCAUCUUGCCCUGGAUCUCCAUCAUUGUACCCAUCUGGCAGUUUCUGGCUACAAUCUUCUGUGUCAUUGGAAGCUACCUGUUUACACCUGUUACUUGGUGGGAGGAGCACUUCCAGGAUCAAUUCACAAGACCUGAGAGGCCGCCCAAGUGGAGCGACGCGAGGUGA